ACACCGGUCAGAGGUGUAGGAGUUUUUUUUAUUUCUCCUCCCAAACUUUUCUUAUCUUCUCCGAGAGUCAUGACAAGUCUCAGUGUGACUGGACGAAGAGAAGCCAGAAGCAGGGAGGAGGGAACCAGCCUGAACUCCAGCUGCAUGAAUCGCUCACUCUGAGAGGCUGAAAGAGCCAGGUGUUGAUUUGAAGCUGUGUGUGCUGAAAGGUCCCAGUCCUGAAAAAUGACUCAGUCGGUGCAAGCUAACUCAAAGCUGCCUGAUCUGGGCUCUCCAUUCAUCUACUCUAGUCAGGAGGAGGCUGACCAGCCAGGCUCCUACUCCGUUCAGACUCCGUAUGGUUUCCAGCUGGAUCUGGACUUCCUCAAAUAUGUAGAAGAGAUAGAAAGUGGACACAAUCUCCGUCGGGCACCUGUUGGCUCCCGCCGCUCUGGCCGAGGGGUCAAACUCUCCCAAAGGAGUGUGGGGGGACGUACCAGUGGCUGGACAUCCACAGAGUCUCUGGCGUCCCCGGCCAGUGAGGAUGGCAGAGCUCCUCCGCCGCCGCCACCACGGAACCGCCUUGGGUCAGCACCCUGUGAAGUGCUCUCUCUUUCCCCUGUGACAAUCCUCAGUGUUCCUCCCCUGUCUGCCGGAGCCAAAGUGCCACCCCCUCCACCGCAGCGCAACCCCAGAGUUGAGCGGACUCUUCUGGAAACCAGCCGGCGGCUACAACAGGAACAAACCCACCAGCACCAGAACGGUGGGCGCUUCCAGCUCGCAGAUCCUCCCAAACAGCUCUUACCCACUGCGUCUACUCAGCCUCUGCAGAGUAGCUGGACUAAACCUAGUCCUCAGACCUCUGGGCUCAGCACUCCAGCUGCUGGCACCACAAUGACUCCAAUCCCACCCAGCCAGCUGCAGACAGUUAGAGAGCAGAUGGCUACAGCUUUGAAACAACUAAAAGAGAUGGAAGAGAGGGUAAAGGGUGUUCCUGCGCUUGAGAAAGAGGUGACCAAGCUUCGUGCAGAGAAAGACAUGCUCCUGUUAGCCCUGCAGGAGAAGAAAGUAGCCAUGGAGGGGGCCCAGCAGAAGCAACCGUCUACAGAGUCUUCUACCCAAACCACAGAGACCCUUCAAUCUGACCACAGUAUCCACAGUCGAUUGACUGCACCAACCUCACCCAGACACAAAGGCUUCGGAAAAUCUGGUGAGCUGAAAAGGCUGACUGAGAAAUUUGAGGGGAAGGAAGAGAAAGCUACAGAACCUCCAUCAAAGGUUUUAGUAAAAGUGCCAGAAAAAGUGUCUGUUGUUGAGAAGAAAUCAGUGGCUGUUGGGGAUGACAUGCCAAUGGACUCUGUUGUUUUCUACUACAGCCAGGGUGUGAAAGAUGCUUCUGAGGGCACCAGGGUAAAUGUCUGUGAGAAAGGCACCAGAACAGAGGCCCCUCUGGUUCAUGAGGAGGGAGUACAGGCCAGAGUGGAGACAGAAGAGGCUGGAGUUUGGGUUAUGGAGUCACUACUUGGGCUGACCAGCGAGGCACAGCGGGAGAUAGACACCUUACAAGACACCAUUAAAUUCCAGCAGGAGUCCAUUGUAGCUCUAGAGGACCGGUUGAGUGUGGCCGACAAAGACUUGGGGAUCCUUAAAGCCCAGAUGGACGAAAAAACCUCCAAAGUCACAUUUGAGAAGGGGGUUCUUGCAAAACCAGACAUGACGAGUGCUCAGGUAGAGACAUUGACUUCUGUGUUAAGGCAUGCUGCAGUUUUGUGCUGUCCUGAGGUGAGCGAUGCAUGCGUAGGUGAGAGUUUAACAGCAGAUCAGAUGGAACAAGGCACCCAGACUGAUGAUAUAGUGGAGACUGCAGAACCAGCUCCUGUUGCAGUGGUCAGCACUGGGUGCCAAUGGGAGAACUUGUUUGAGGAAAAGAUGGAGGAACAGAAAGUUACAGCGCCAAAGAAGAGACAGUUGACCAUCGCUGAAUACAAGGUCUCACCAGAAGAGGUGGUCAGUAUGGCCGAGAAGAAAGAGGAAGACCAAGGAGAGAAGACUACAGCCAGCAACAUCAAAACAGGUAUGCUGAAAUCAAUCAUGAAGAGGAAGGAUGGGAGCAACUCAGGCGAGAAUCGCACCGCUGGCAAGAAGAGCCUGCAGUUUGUUGGCAUUCUAAAUGGAGGGUAUGAAUCUACAUCCAGUGAAGAAGAAGAGGAGGAGGAAGAUGAGGAGGAGGAGGAAGAUGGGAGUUCUUCUGGAGAAAGUGGAGAAGGCGAGUGCUUGGACAGCACAGAGGAGGAUGAGGAGGCGGUUCUGGAGGAAGAAACAUCCGAGGAGGAGAGAAACGUCAAUCUGGACGAGAGUGACACUGAUGAGGAAACCCUGAGAGCCACAAAUUAUUCAUCUGAUGCUGUGAAAGAGAAGUUUGAGCUGAGCUCAAAAAUGCGUGAAGCCUGCCUAAUCCUGAAGAACCACCUGAACGAUGACGUCAAAACACUGAAGAGUAAGGAAGUGCUCUCCAGCACCCACACUGUCCAGCUCGAGUGGUUCCGGAUCUCUAGUGCCAAGAUGGCUCAGCCUUCACGGGUCUCAGACUACCUUAUGGCGUUCUCUGAGGUGUCGUCAGUUCUGCUGGAGCACGUAGUCAACAUGACCGACGGCAACGGCAACACAGCUCUCCACUACAGCGUCUCACACUCCAACUUCCGUGUGGUGGGGCUGCUGCUGGACACAGGUGUGUGCAGUGUGGAUAAGCAGAACAAGGCGGGCUACACAGCCAUCAUGCUGGCUGCUCUCUCUACUGUGAAGGAGGAGGAAGACAUGGUUGUGGUCAAGAAGCUCUUUUGUCAGGGCAACGUCAACGCCAAGGCCAGCCAGGCGGGCCAGACAGCGUUGAUGCUAGCUGUUAGCCACGGCCGCCAGGAGAUGGUGCGUGCGCUGCUAGAGUGUGGCGCAGACGUUAACGUGCAGGACGACGAGGGAUCCACGGCGCUGAUGUGUGCUAGCGAACAUGGCCGUGCUGAAAUUGUCAAACUGCUCCUGGAACAGCCUGGUUGCGACAUAUCCAUUAUUGAUAAUGAUGGCAGCAAUGCUUUGUCCAUCGCACUGGAGGCGUCUCACAACGACACAGCUGUGCUGCUGUAUGCCCAUAUGAACUAUGCUAAGACCCAAACUGCUGUGGGGAGUCCGAAGGCCCAGCCAAGGAGCCCCACCAGCCCACACAAGCCCUGGCCUUCAGACUGACAGGAUCAUGGCCGCUCAUGUAUGCGGACAGACCAGCAAACAUAACUGGAUCUGAGCUGUGAAAAGCUCCACUGGAAUUUACUUAAAUAUAUAUGUAUUUAUAUGUUGCCAUAUGUCCUGCAUUUAUAAGUAUUGUUAAUAUGAGAAUAUUAUUUUUCCAUAAAAGUCGUGAAUGGUUAUAUUAUAUUAUAUACUUGACUAAUAUGUGCUCCUAGCAUGUCUAAAUAAGGUCUCCAGCGCUUGUUUUUUCUGACAGGAGAUGAGACCUUACAUUCAUUAUUUGCACUCCACUAAUAUUUUACUGUUAAGGGCAACACACACUGACACAACAAUGUGCGUCAAGAUACAUCACUGCCUUCUAGUAAUUCCCAGUGUCGAUGCUACAGAAAAUGUAUCAUAUUGGCUCCCUGGUUUGGCACAUCCUGGCUUACUCUACCUUGACUAAUUCUGCUUGUCCGGUGUGUACUAUGGAAAUCAAAUGACUCGACACAGCUGCUCUCCUGCCUUGGUUAACUGAUCUGUGAACCUCUCACCUUCAUAGUCUGCACUAGCUGUCUGUGUGUUGUAUGUUCAUAUAAAUAUAAAUAUAUAUAUAUAUAUAUAUAUAUAUUCAUGUCUGAAAUAAACAUUUACAUAAAAAUUGGAGGAAACUACUUGUUUGUGCAACAUUUUUUUAAAUAUUAAACUGUUCUUUACACUAAGUGAAGGUGGAGUUCACAAAGACCAUCUCUUCCAAACAAGAUGUUUUAGUUCCUAAUACACACACCCCUACACCUACCUGUGGGUUUUCUACUACCUAGCAAUCCAAACUCACUGUUUAGCAAGCUAACAUUAAACUUAUUGUGAAUGAAUCGUAAUGUAACAUAACAUUCCUACCUGGGCUGAUCAGAGGGACACGUGGGUUGCUCAUGAGCACAAGAUGCAUGGAACUAUUCACUUGAAUUCUGAAGCCACUCUGCAUCUGAAAACAGAGAAUUAGAGACGUUAAUACGAAAGACAAUAAAUACAUUUUGAAAAUUGACACGUCUUCAGAAAAACAAAGAUGAGUAAACACAAGAAAUACCAAGAUUUGUUCGUUGUAAGAAAAUGUUAAAUUUGACCAAAAUGUGGCUAUGUUAUAUCAAAAAGCAAUACCAUUGUGUAGAUUGUGCUGAAAAUGGUACAUCUUAAUAGGCAUAGAAUAGAUGGAGCAAGUUUUCUUUUCUAAAAUGGGUGUGUGCUGUUACCAGGGGUGGAAGAAGUACUCAGAUCUUAGCAGUACCAUGGUGUAGAAAUACUUUGUUUCAAGUAAAAGUCCUGCAUUCAAAUUCUUACUGAAGUACAAAAGUAUCAGCAUCAAAAUACACUUAAAGUGCCAAAAGUACUAAUCAUGCAUAAUGGACCAUUUCAGAAUAAUGUAUACUAUAAUAUUGUAUUAUAGUUAUUGAUGCAUUAAUGUGUUCAUCACUUUAAUGUUGGCUUGUAAAGAUGGAGCUCAUAUUAAAUACUUGAUAUACUGCUUGUGAAUUUACCUCCGAGGAUCAAUAAAGUCUCAUCUUACCUAUAAUAAUACGUCAUAA